AUGUCUGGUUUUGCUGUCCCCCCUUCUUCCCUGCCCCUAGACCCUGGGGCCAGGCAGUCGGUGCAAGCCUGCACCCCAAAUAGCCCCCUGAACCACUUGGUCCAUGUGAGAGGAGGGUCCAGCAUGGGAGUGCCCAGGGAACAAGUAUCCCUGGGGUGCCCCAGGGAUGCACGUGCUGGAGAGCUGGGACUGAGGGGUGUUUGCACUGUCCCAGUGGAGGAAGAGGAUCCAUCCUUCUGGAACAAGCAGGCAGCUGCAGCCAUAGAAGCCUCCUUCAAAAUCCAGCCCAAGAUACGCCAAGCCAAAAACCUCAUCCUUUUCCUUGGGGAUGGAUUCGGUGUCCCCAGCAUCACAGCCACCCGCAUCCUAAAGGGGCAGAUGAAGGGGAAACCGGGCCCUGAGACCCCUCUUGCCCUGGAUGCUUUCCCCUACGUGGCACUCUCUAAGACCUACAAUGUGGACAGGCAGGUCCCUGACAGCGCAGGGACAGCCACAGCCUAUCUCUGUGGGGUGAAGGGCAACUACCAGACCAUUGGGUUGAGCGCGGCCGCCCGCUACUCACAGUGCAACACCACGCGUGGCAAUGAGGUGUUCUCAGUGCUGAAGCGAGCCUCUGAUGCUGGUAAUGGGGGAUGCAGGGCUGGGGGGACCCUGUGUGGACAAGGGGUGCCACACUGGGGGCUUUCCCCCCAUGAGCAUCCCAUAGCUUGGUGGUGGGGACCCUGUGUUGCCCUUGGGCCUGAUGAGCGGGGUUUGGCAGGGAAGGCGGUGGGUAUCGUGACCUCGACGCGGGUGCAGCACGCGUCGCCCUCGGGGACCUACGCGCACGUGGUGAACCGGGACUGGUACGCGGACGCCAACAUGCCCCAGGAAGCGCGGAACCAGAACUGCACGGACAUCGCCUGGCAGCUGGUCCACAACGUCAACUUCACCGUGAUCCUGGGUGGCGGUCGCAAAUACAUGACCCCCGUGGGGACACCGGACCCUGAGUACCCCACCAACAACCAGACGAAUGGGACACGUGAGGAUGGGAAAAACCUCAUCGACAUGUGGCUGGAGGCACGGCCGGGUACCCACUACGUCUGGAACAGGACAGAGAUGCUGGCUGCUGCUGCCAACCCCAGUGUGAAGUAUUUGAUGGGUCUCUUUGAACCCGGGGACAUGAAGUACAGUGAGGUGCGUAACACCACCAUGGACCCGUCACUCACUGAGAUGAUGGAGGCAGCCAUCACCAUCCUGAGCAGGAACCCAAAAGGCUUCUACCUCUUUGUGGAAGGCGGUAGAAUCGACCACGGCCACCACGAUGGUGCAGCCCAUAAGGCACUGACGGAGGCGGUGGAGUUUGACAAUGCCAUCGAGCGGGCAGGCAGCCUGACAAGCGAGGACGAGACCCUCACCGUUGUCACUGCUGACCAUUCACAUGUCUUCUCCUUCGGUGGCUACACCCUGCGUGGCUCCUCCAUCUUCGGUCUGGCCCCCAAGACAGCCCUUGAUGAGAAGAACUACACAUCCAUCCUCUACGGGAAUGGGCCAGGAUACCCAGGCUCUAACAGACCCGACGUGGACGCAGAAACAGCCAUGAAUUAUGAGUACCUGCCACAGGCGGCUGUGCCCCUCGACUCAGAGACCCAUGGUGGUGAGGAUGUGGCCAUCCUGGCCAAGGGCCCCAUGGCCCACCUGUUCCACGGGGUGCAGGAGCAGACCUACGUAGCCCACGUCAUGGCCUACGCCGCCUGCAUCGAGCCCUACACCGACUGCCGCCAACGGGACUCUGCCGCUGGCAUCCAUGCCACCGCCCUGGUCCUGCUCCUGCCUGCCCUCCUUCUGGCCCUCUUCUACUGAUCCCAUGUCCUUAGGGCACCCCACGGGACAGAUGGCAGCUUUCUGAAGCAUCCCUGGUCUGGAUGCAGCAGCCAUGGGGACACCGAAUCCCAGGCAGUGGGUGUUAAAUAAACGCAGGCUGUGACA